AUGACGGAGGAUUACAUUCAUCAUUCCAUGCCACCAAUAGUUGCUGAGCAGGCAUCCUUGUGUCAAAUUGAAUCUAUAAUUAAUCAGAAUGGUAAAACUUUAGCCGAUUUUAAUCUUCCUACUUUAGAUGAGUUUUUAGAUUAUGUCCCACAAAAUGAAAAGGAAGAUGUUCAGGUUUUAAUUGACAAAGCAAUUAGAGUUAGACCAUUGUUAAAUGAUAUUCAGCGUCAAAUUGAUGAUGCUAUCUUUUCUGCUUCAAGUGAGCAACCUAAUGAUGAAAACGAACAUUCUAGAUUAUUUUUUAUGGAUGGCCCGGCAAGUUGUGGUAAAACAUUUACAUACAAUUAUAUAAUCGCUGAAACCAGAAGUAGACAUUUUGUAACUGCAACAGCUGCAUGGACAGGUAUAGCUGCAACUCUUUUAAAAAAAGGAUGUACACUUCAUAGUUUAAUCAAACUUCCUGUGCCGAUUUUGGAAAAUAGCACAUGUAAUGUAACUCCGAGUUCUAUGCACGGACAAUACUCAAAGCAAGCUAGCUUGUAUAUACUAGAUGAAGCAUCUAUGAUACUCAAACACGCUUUAAAUGCCAUUGAUAAGUUACUUCAAGAUGAUUGCAAUAACAGGUUUCCUUACAAUAGUAAAGUUAUUCUUAUAGGUGGAGACUUUAGGCAAAUACUUCCAGUUGUAAAAAAAGGGCAACAAGCAGAUAUUGUUGAAGCCUGUAUAAAAUGUUCUCACCAUUGGCAAUAUGUUCAGUGA